UAGAGCUAGUCGGCUAAGAUCUUUUACUAGCUAGCUGACUAGCCCGUUUUGUGAAGAAAUAACAGUUUAAAAAAUUAAUUAUAACAAUACAAUGAUAUGGAAUUGGUUUGCUUGGUUAAUUUAUAAAUAUAAACCAGUUCAUCCGUCGAACUUAAUUAAAAUAUAAGUGCUGGGUGUAACAUUUUGUUAGAGUUAGCUAAACUAGCCUCAGCUCCUCGUUAGCAGCUUAGCCUGUGAGGUAAAGCAGCCCUGUGUGAGGCAGGAGCACCCUGCGGCUUCGCUACCGUAGUUUAACCCGGACUCUUUGCUAAGUCUGUUAUUUAGUGGCUAUAUUUUGCUGCGAAUUAGUCAGUCGUGUAAUUAACACGUCAGUAACGUGUUCAGGCUUCAGUAAAGGUAACCUAUUCCAAAGUUAACUGAGCGAGAUCAUUGUUUUUGUCGUGAAGGCUAAGCUAGCUAGCUACGACUGGGCUAGCUAGCUAGCUUUUUAGCUAAAUGCUUCUUACGAGAAUGGACCUUUUGAGCCAUCGAUUUAUGGAUAAAAUGAACAAUAACAUCGGGAGACUUCACUACGAUUCAUAUGAUGAUGAUUCCGGCGACUCCAGGAUGCACGCACUGUCCUCGUCCUCCACAGGGAACAGCAGGACAGGGACACCGAUCAGCCCAAUUAAAAGGAAGUUUGAUGAUGUAGAAGUGGGGAGCAGUCAGGAGUACGACAACGAACAAAUGGCCAAGAUGAGCUGCAGGCUUUCCUCUCAUUUGGGAAAUCCAGUGGACGGAGACUCCAGAACAGAACCUUGGGCUCACUGCCACAACCCGUUUGAGCACGCCACCUCUGCCAUCACUGGGCUCCACGCAGGACAUCUGUAUUCACCGUUCCACUUCUACACCAUGGAGCAGCCACUGGCUCUGACCAAAAACAGCACGGACACGCAGAGGUCCUCUUUCCUCCCGUCAGUCGGCUCUACAGAGCGUCAGCAGAAUCGUCCGUCGGUGAUCACCUGCGCCCCCGCGAGUAACCGCACCUGCAGCCUCUCUAACUGUCACAUGUCUCCGAACGGCUUCUCCGCCGGGAAUAACGUCAAGAGCAAAGCUAACGCCAACACUGUGUGCGAUCCUGUGAUCGAGGAACAUUUCCGCCGCAGUCUGGGGAACAUCUACAGAGAGCCGGAGGCUUCCAACUCGGUUUCCAUCACCGGCUCCGUGGAUGAUCACUUCGCCCAGGCGUUGGGAGACACCUGGUUACAGAUCAAAGCGAAGGGCAGCGGCUCCGGGAGUCCCGAGUCUAAUUUAUAAAAGUUCUCCAGAGAACCUGUCUGAACCUUCUGGGUCGGUUUGUCCUGGGUUGAACUCCUCCUUCUUUCACACCAAGUCUGAACUCAAACAGUACUCUGGUCACUUUAUUUUAGUCUACACAGGCUCUCUUUUAUGCCUGUUGUUUAAUUCAUAAAAAAAUUUGAGUUUAUUACUGGUCACGUAUUUUAGUUUCUUAAAAUUACAAAAUUUUCAUUACAGUUGCAAAAAAGUUUUUAGCUUUACCACCCAUGGAGAUCUCUCUCUCUCUCUCUCUCAGGAUCACAUUCGAUUACACACUGAAAUUCACACUGUUGUGAAGGAAUGAUGGCACUGGCAUUUAUUCAUUUAUGCAAUUUAAUUGAUUUAACUGAUUUACUUAAUUGAAUCACUGAGAGAGUUUUAAUUCAGAAUCGACGUUGAAAUUACCAAUUUUUUAAAAACACUGCUUUUUUUUCCCCAAACCUCUUUAAUCUUUUGUAUGUUGCAUGAGCUUUGGUUUGUGCAAUACCGCCCCCUGGUGGACUGAAGUGUUAUGCAGGAGAAAAAAGAUUGGCAUGAUUAUGACGUAGUAAGCGGGUUUGCUUAAUGUUACACUGCCCCCUAGUGACAGGGUCUAGUAACACACACACACACACCACUGUCAGGGUUUUAUAUACAGUAGAUGCACAGAUUUGCGGAGCUAGACCCUACACAAACAUUUUCUACACUAUGAAAACCUUUAAAGUAUUAAACACUAUAGAUACUGUGAUCAUCUUCACUUGAAUGCCACCUAGUGGUCAUUGAGAAAAACAAAAUCUUGAAGGUUCUUCACGAGGAUUUUCCUUGAGAUUCUCAGUCCUGAGGUGUAGUUUAAGUGUAGUGUGGUGUUUAAUGUGAUCUUGAUGCACCGAUAGGAGAGAGUUUUAUUUCUUUUUUUGUUUUAAAAUUUGAGAAGCUUGAGUACUAGACUUGGUGUGAACAGUGUUUGGGAGGCAACAAUCAGGUUGAUGUGAACAGGGCCGUGAACAAAUUAACUCGUGGGUUUUGUUUCGAAUUGUAUGUAAAGGGCUGCCAAAGAUGCUUUCUACUAUUUUGAUAAACAUUUGCUGUAUUUUAUAACCGUAUAAAACAAGCAGAUUUUAGAUUUAAAAAAACAAAAGAAACCCGAAUCAUUCCUUGUUUUAAGGAGUGUUUUAGAGUUUUUAGCAUCCUGAUUAUACAGUUACACAAAUUCUCAACCAACCUGUAAGAUGUUUAGUGUCCUGGGCUUUGAACCGAGGAUGUAUUUAACUUUUCAUCUCUAAUGCACACUCAUUAACCUGACACACACACACACACACACACACACACACACACUUUGCCUAUUUUAUUUGUAAUCUUUAAUCUGCUUAAAUAUGUACUUCAAAUAGCUGGUAUCUAUUACACACAGACUUCUAUCUUUAUACCGUUCGUUCUUUAGUUUUAUUUUUUAAUCAGUAACGGUUUUAGAAAGUCCUGCUGCUGGAACAGUGUACUCAAUAUAUUUUUUUAACAAAUGUCUUUUAGGUAUGAUGGCACCUCGCUUUGAAAGCACAGCCUCUGGAAAGGCAUUUACUCCGCAGUAUACACAGCUUUUUAAAGAGUUACUUCAGAUUUAUGACCGACGAGACGAACAGCAGCUUUACAGCGGAACACCUUGUCUUUAGUUUUGUUUAUAGUUUUAUCAUCGUAUCUGGUUUUUGUUUCACACACACAGUGUCCCAGGUGUGUCGUGUGUCUGGACAUUUUCACGUUUCAUCAUCUUAUUUAUGUUAUUAUUUUUUAAAACAUGGCUUUGAACGGCAAAUUUCUCUUAUGCAGUAAGAAGCGAUUCCAUUGUGAUGAAUAUAAUUGAGUAAAAACUAGUUUCUGAGUAGGAAAAAAAAACAUUUUCCUUAUUUUGCAUCCUGUAGAAAAUCUUAACGAACAUUAUUUGAUAAUUUUAAUGAGCCAUCGGGUUUAAUAACUGAGCUCUGAGUAAGAACACGUAUUAUUACUCAAAAUACACCGUCCUUUCUCCCCACCAUUAUAAACUGCCCCAGGCCAAUCAACAUACAGGUUGUAAAUGAUUGACAGUUGUGUAUUUGCCCCACCUUCUUCUCCUCCCCAUGACUCGUUAGUCAUCUUUCGUCUCGACUCACUUCUCACGCCUGCCAGUGUCAUGAUGGAUGAUUUCCACUUGGACAGGAUGAUGAGAAACAGUUCUGCUCCCGUCACGUCUGACGCGUUACACAUGAUUAUAACCGUACAGACGAUGAUUAGGUGAUUUACAGACGGCGCUAAGCGUGACGUUUACACGGCUCGCUCACAGCUGAGAAUAAAAAUGUUUUUUUACACCCUAUUACAUAUAAUGCUCGAUCACAUUAAUGUAAAAUCAAUAUAAACUCAUCGUCCUCAUCCAGACGGAACAAAUUUAGUCAUACUGAUAGUAGUAAUAAUAAUAAUAAUAAUAAUAAUAAACAGCCCUGCUGCAGCAUUGUCCAAAUGAGUUGAAAGUAAUUUAUUCCUAAUUAUCAGUGCGCGUGUUAGGUUGUCCCAGCGUAUGGACAUUGUAGCCGACCCACCCACCAGCUCUGAUCAUGUCCAGUCUGGUGUCCCUCCCAUUUACACUCAGACUGCGAGUCGGGUUCAGAACCUGGAGUCUCUGUAAUUAGUUCUCACUAAAGCACGAGGUGUUUGCCGAAUAAACGCGCUCCGAGAUUAAAUAUUCUUAUCUUAAUAAUCAGCAAACUCUUACAAAGUCAGCCCUGUAAUCCUGUAAUGAGCUGGAAGGGAGUUUCAUUUCACUUGUUUUCAGUAAAAGAAAAAACGCAACUCUGAAAAAAGUUUAGCCAUCAGUAAAGACAAAAGUAAUGACGGCGUAUAAAAGCCGCGUUACAGGAAGAUUUGGCACAAGCAGUAUUUUAGUUGCCAUUUUGAGCUCUUUGGAGAGUUUUGCCUUUUAUGGAGUUUGUGGGUGUGGCUAAAUGUUAAUACUAAUGCUAGUAUGAAGAAAUGUACUAUGUUACAAUGUUUGUGAAUCAGGAGUCAAUAUUCCUUUUUCAUUUCCAAAAAUAUUUACACACACCUGAAUCACAGACAUGCGGCGCUCGGAGACGGCGGUGACGGUCUCUUCACUUGUUGUUGAGUUUUUAGCGUGUAGUAGAUUUACCACCACUUCGUGUUUACUGUUGAGCACCAGAACAAAAACACUAAAGCGCCUGUUUAAACAUUAAACUAUAAAAUGUAAAAUAAUCAUUGUUCAAUUCUUAUUUUUUUUAAAUAAUCCACCAUGUAGUGCGACGUUUCUGACACGCCAAAGUGAACAUUAUUUCCACCGAGAUUUUCUGACGUCCCUGUUUGUUUUUUAUUUUUUAUUCUUUUGUAGCAAAAACACUCUGAACUUUUGUGUAAUAUAAGAUGACCAUCGUUACGCAGUGCGUGAUGAAUGACCAGUGUUUAUCUCUUGAUUUCUACUUAAAGCCUCACAUUAUAUGCAUAUUUAAUAUCCAUUUCGCAUGCGUUUUCAUUUUCUUUUUGUUUUUCAUUGAAAAAGUUGAUCUUUUUAUUAUGUUUUUGAGGAACUGUGCGAGGUCAGUUGACUGCCAGAACAGUUUGUGGGGGGGAAAAGUCUAAAAUAUUAGCCGGAGGUUCAGAGUCGCGCGCAUGUCGUCCGUGGUUAACGCGGUAAAGAGGCUGCGUCCUCACUGUGUAAGAGCUCUCGAAAUAAAUAGUGAGAAUAUUAUAGCUAGUUUAUAUAUAACUCUAUUUACUUAUUUGGCUGUUAUUUUUUUUCUUACAAGUGCCACUUUUAUAUUCAUUAAACUUGAGGAAAUAAAAAGUCUUUUAACAAA